UCCAACAUUCAAUCCUCUGAAACGGUGAACAAAAAACCACCGUGCCGUCAAACACUUGAUUGCCGCAAAAACGUUAAAUCAAAUAAGCCGUUUUAUCGGACUCUGUCUCACUUUCCCUGAACACUGUCCCACGUUUCCUCCGUUUCAUUUUGUUAACUCAAAAUACUUUGUGUCGAAGUGCUUUUCUCGUACAAUGGAAGAACCGUGGAGAUUCAACCUCUGCCGCGUGUUUGUUGUGGUGGUCUCUUUAUUCUCGUUCUCCAUGGAACAUAUUUGGUGUUCCACUCUCAACAGUGAAGGGUUGGCGAUGCAAAAGAUGAGGGAGAGAAUGGUGAGAGAUCCAUUGGGGGCUUUAUCAAGUUGGAAUGGUGAAGAAGGAGUGGUUGAUCCUUGCUCUUGGUUCGGAGUAGAGUGCUCCCACGGCAAUGUUGUUUCCUUGAAUUUAAAAGAUCUGUGUCUGCACGGAACACUAGGACCCGAAAUUGGGAAGCUGGUUCAUAUAAAAUCAAUCAUAUUGCGUAACAAUUAUUUCUUUGGAGACAUCCCCAAGGAAAUACUGCAACUAGAGGAAUUGGAAGUUCUUGACUUAGGAUUUAACAACUUUAGCGGACCAUUUCCAUCUGAAGACCUUGGCAACAAUCCUUCCCUAACUACCCUUUUAUUGGACAAUAAUAACUAUCUUGCCAACUUAGCUCCAGAAGUGUAUGAGCUCAAGAAGUUUUCUGAAUUGCAUGUGCAUGAAGAACAACUAACUGGUGCCACCUCUAGAGAAGCAUGUGUUAGCAUAUCUAAUAUAUGGCGCAUUGACCGGCGUGGGGAUAUAGCAUACAGAAGGCAACUUCUCCAAGUAGCACCUAACUCACCCAAAACUAAGAGGGUUGAUGACAAAGAGACUCUUUCACCAUCACCAUCACCCUUUUCCUCUUUACUAUCACCAGUUUCUGAGCCUUUUCCCCCAUCACCAUCACCAUCAGAAAGUCCCUCAGAUUCACCAACAUCUCCAGAAGUUUCCCCUUCACCUUCUCCAUCUCUUUCUAGUGUCUUUUUCACUCUUUCACCUUCACCUAUGGUAGCACCAACUCCAGCAAAUCCACCUAUUGUUGUGUCCAAACCACCACAUUCCAACUGGGUUUCAACACCUUCUCCUGCUUCAUCUUUAAACCAAGGGAAUUCAAACAGUUCAAAACCAAAGCAACAUCUUGUGAUUAUUUGGUCCACAGUUGGAGGCUUCUUCCUGAUUUUGGUGUCAUGCAUUGCUUUUGUUUGCAUCAGAAGCAGCAAGGUUGUAGCUGUAAAACCUUGGGCCACAGGGUUGAGUGGCCAGUUGCAGAAAGCAUUUGUAACAGGUGUUCCAAGUCUAAAACGAACAGAACUUGAAGCAGCUUGUGAAGACUUCAGCAACAUUAUUGGUUCUCUGCCAAAUGGGACUAUUUAUAAAGGAACUCUCUCUAGUGGAGUUGAAAUAGCUGUAGCAUGCUCUACAGUGACUUCAUCCAAAAAUUGGUCAAAACAUGUCGAAGCUAAAUUCAGAAAGAAGAUCGAGAUGCUAUCAAGAGUAAACCACAAGAAUUUUGUGAAUCUUAUUGGACAUUGUGAAGAGAAUAAUCCAUUCACAAGGAUGAUGGUUUUUGAGUAUGUUCCAAAUGGAUCACUAUUUGAACAUCUACACAUUAGAGAAGCAGAACAACUAGACUGGGGAAUGAGAAUGAGGAUAGCUAUGGGAAUAGCCUACUGUUUAGAGCACUUGCAUCAGCUAACACCACCCAUUGCCCACAGAAACCUCCAAUCUUCCUCUAUAUACCUGACUGAAGAUUAUGCUGCUAAAUUAUCAGAUCUUAGUUUCUGGAAUGACAUAGUUGAUACAAAGAAGGGUUCUGAAGCCACACAAGUUGCAGAAACAACUUCAGCUUGUAUAAAAUCUAAUAUUUAUAGCUUUGGAGUAAUAUUGUUUGAAUUGAUUACUGGUAGAGUUCCCUAUGCAGUAGACAAUGGCUUAGUUACAGAUUGGGCAGCAGAAUAUAUAAGGGAGCAACCCUUGAGAGAGUUGGUAGAUACAAGCCUUAACUCUUUGAGAGCAGAUGAAAUUGAAAAAUGGUCACAAGUGAUCAACAGCUGUGUUCAUCCAGAUCCCGGAAAAAGGCCAACUAUGAGAGAGGUUGCUGCUAAGUUGAAGGAAAUCACUGCUAUGGGACCUGACGGAGCAACUCCCAAACCAUCCCCUCUUUGGUGGGCAGAAAUAGAAAUUAUGUCCACUGACUUAAGUUCAGACUUUAAUCCAUAACGCCAUAUAAAGAAAAUUGUGUAUUGGGAUAAUAAUCUGAGCAUCUACUCCGAAUUUGGAGUUUGAUGCCAUUUUUUAAUUUUUUUUUCUUAUGUUAUAGAUUCUUCUUUUGAAGCUAACAGAAGUCAGGUGAAUAGAAGA